UGAAAAUUUUCCAGCACUGGCACAUUUUCCGAUCGGCUCCAAAGUGGUAUCAAAAAAUUGCUAGUGAUUUGCUAGAUUUUGCUAGGUGGUUUUUGGAAUUUGCUAUAUUUUGGUUUUUCCGGAAAAUUGAAAAUUUUCCAGCACUGGCACAUUUUCCGAUCGGCUCCAAAGUGGUAUCAAAAAAUUGCUAGUGAUUUGCUAGAUUUUGCUAGGUGGUUUUUGGAAUUUGCUAUAUUUUGGUUUUUCCGGUAACCCGGAAAAUAGAAAAAGGCUCAGCACCGGCACAUUUUCCGAUCGGCUCCAAAGUGGUAUCAAAAAAUUACUAGUGAUUUGCUAGAUUUUGCUAGGUGGUUUUUGGAAUUUGCUAUAUUUUGGUUUUUCCGGAAAAUUGAAAAUUUUCCAGCACUGGCACAUUUUCCGAUCGGCUCCAAAGUGGUAUCAAAAAAUUGCUAGUGAUUUGCUAGAUUUUGCUAGGUGGUUUUUGGAAUUUGCUAUAUUUUGGUUUUUCCGGAAAAUUGAAAAUUUUCCAGCACUGGCACAUUUUCCGAUCGGCUCCAAAGUGGUAUCAAAAAAUUGCUAGUGAUUUGCUAGAUUUUGCUAGGUGGUUUUUGGAAUUUGCUAUAUUUUGGUUUUUCCGGUAACCCGGAAAAUAGAAAAAGGCUCAGCACCGGCACAUUUUCCGAUCGGCUCCAAAGUGGUAUCAAAAAAUUACUAGUGAUUUGCUAGAUUUUGCUAGGUGGUUUUUGGAAUUUGCUAUAUUUUGGUUUUUCCGGAAAAUUGAAAAUUUUCCAGCACUGGCACAUUUUCCGAUCGGCUCCAAAGUGGUAUCAAAAAAUUGCUAGUGAUUUGCUAGAUUUUGCUAGGUGGUUUUUGGAAUUUGCUAUAUUUUGGUUUUUCCGGUAACCUGGAAAAUAGAAAAAGGCUCAGCACCGGCACAUUUUCCGAUCGGCUCCAAAGUGGUAUCAAAAAAUUGCUAGUGAUUUGCUAGAUUUUGCUAGGUGGUUUUCGGAAUUUGCUAUAUUUUGGUUUUUCCAAAAAAGAAAAUUGUUAAUAACAAUAAUAAUGAUAAAUUAAUUUGAUUUUCUCCCUUUCUACUCACAAACAUGUUUUAUUAAAUCCAUUCCAAACCAACGUCAAAUUUGUACAAUCAGUUGAUAAUUGUUGGAAUAUAUAUUUGAUGAAGAAAAAUUGUUUUUACGAAUAUCAUUAUCAUUACCCUUGUUAACUAAUGUUCUCAAAUGUGUACUACUCAAGCACUUUCUAUAUUUAUUAACCCUUUUUUGUAUUUUUUUAUUUACCGUUUAAUAUAGUGAUCCUGAAAAUUUCAAAAUUUUAACACACUUACUUUUGAAGAAUUCGUAAUGUACAUUGGGACUCGACGUCACAAAAAUAAGACUGUAAACCGAAGGCUACACAUUAAUGUUUUUUAUACGUAUAGAUACUACGUACAGUAGAUCUACUGAUAAAAUAAUUUAGUUUUCUUCGAAAUGCUUGUGGCUUAUUGUGUAUAAACAUAUCUAAUUUAAUUUAUUUUAUAUCAUUUCUUGUUAAAUUUAACGAGUGUAGAAUCAACAAAAUAAUAUUCUAAAAACAAAUAUUCGUAUUUGUAAUACGUAUUAUAACGUCUCGUUAUUCGGGGACAUCAAUUUCCGGAAUAUCAUUUAUAUUUUCAAAUUCAUUAAAGUCAGGCAAUUCAAAGUUUUCAUUCUCAUCAAAAUUAGCUAGUAGCUCGUCAAUCCCUUCAUCACUAUCACUUUCAAAAUCACUUAGUUCGGAAAUAUUUCCAUCUAAUAAUUCAACAAGUUCAAAAUGAGUAAGUUAACUCAUUUUAAAAAUAAUGUUAAAAUAAAAAAGGUAAAAUUACGUAGCGAUUAACUAAAGAUCGACUCCGAUACAGCGCCGAAUAUCAAACAACGGGUCAACGUUCGUCGUACCUCGUACGUAUGGCGUAUUUCCGUGUCGUCGGCCGUCCGCGUAUAGCGCAAAUAUAAGUCUUUUAAAUGAAGAAAAUUGGCGUGGAAAAGGAAAUAAUGAAAAAUUAAGAAAAAAAAGACCGUCAAAAUAUUUAGACCCUUGCCCUGAAAUAAAGAAAAUACUGAAUAAAUCGAAAUUAAGAUCAAAUAAAAUUGUUUCCAUGACAAAUGGCAGUAUAUCUACUCCAUUAAAAAAAAAAAACAAAACUUUUAUUGUAAAUAAUACGUGUGCAUUUGAUACUAUUCUAUCGAUAAUCUGCAUUGGCUAUUAUGAUUUUCCAAAAUAUAAAAACUAUAUUGAAAAUAUGAGUAACGAUUUUUUGCAAUUUUGUAAGUCAACAACGGAGCUUCAACAAAAGACUACCAUAAGAGAUAUGAAAUUUUAAAAAUAAGUGGAAUAUUGGAGAGACCAAAUUCCGAAAUGAGUGGUGUACAAUGUUAUGACGCCCAAUGUAAUAUACAGAAUCUCAUAAAGCAAUUGAAAGUUAUAUCGGGUAAAAAAAAUAUCAACUGUGAUAGAUGUUCAUUGGUAAAUAAUGAAUAUCUCAACCUGUUAAGCCCUAAUAUGAAAAUAAUUGGUGCAAAAGGAUUUACUAAAGAAAUAUUAGAAGAAGAAAUACAUAAAUAUAUAUCAACCAAGCAAGAACUUUGUAAUUCAUGUGAUCAUUAUAUCGAAACAAUCUAUGAAGUAGAACCUCAUAUUUUUAUUGACGUUGAUCUUUUGGGCUAUUAUGGAGAUGCAAACUGCAAAAUAUCAUCCAUUCCCACAACUAUAAUGAUAUAUAAAAAUCAGUUCAGCUUACUAGGAAUUGUCGAUUUCAUUGGGAAUAGUAUUUUAGAAGUCAACCAAACAAUGGGUCACUACACAGCCUACAUAAGAAGGUCAGACAACUGGGAACAUCACGAUGAUCUUAAGAAGAAGACCAGACGCGUUUCAUCAGAACAAAUUAUUAAUCCGCAUAUCCUAAUUUAUGUAAUGAUGUAAAAAGCCUAAUAUUUACGAUAUUAUUUACAAUUAUUUUUUACAAUUAUUAUAAAUUAACAUAAACAUAACUAUUUUUUAUCAACAUAACAACAAAAGCUAUACAGAUUUUUUUUUAUACAAAAAUAAAGUAUUGUUAUUUAAUAUUAUUUUAUAUGAACACUAUUAAAUGAAGAAGUCAAG